AUGCCACCGGCACUUUGUGCCCUCUGCAAAACAGAGCGAGCCGUGAUUAAGAGGCCAAAAAACUAUCAGAAACUCUGCAAGGGCUGUUUCAUCCGAAUAUUCGAAGAUGAAGUGCAUCAUACCAUAACUUCAUCACGGCUUUUCUUCCCGGGGGAAAAAGUUGCCAUCGGUGCAUCAGGUGGCAAGGAUUCAACCGUUUUAGCUUCGGUGCUCAAAACACUGAACGAAAGACAUAACUAUGGAGUUGAUCUAAUACUCCUAAGUAUCGACGAGGGUAUUAAGGGCUACAGGGAUGAUUCCCUCGAAACAGUUAAACGCAACGCGGUACAGUACGACAUGCCACUUAAAAUAGUAGGCUAUGGUGAACUAUACGGCUGGACCAUGGACCAGGUUGUGGAGACAAUCGGCAAGAAAGGCAAUUGUACUUAUUGUGGCGUCUUCCGACGACAGGCUCUAGAUAGGGGCGCGAAGAUGUUGGGGAUCAAACAUGUCGUUACUGGUCAUAAUGCCGAUGAUGUCGCAGAGACCGUUCUUAUGAACCUCCUUCGAGGAGAUCUACCGCGCUUGUCAAGGAGUACGAGCAUUGUCACCGGAAACGACGCGAGUGAGGUCAAGAGGAGCAAGCCGCUAAAGUAUUCAUACGAGAAGGAGAUUGUUUUGUAUGCGCACCACAAAAAGCUUGAUUAUUUCAGCACCGAAUGCAUCUACAGUCCGGAAGCCUUCAGGGGAAGUGCUAGAAGUUUGAUCAAGAAUCUAGAGAAAGUCCGCCCCAGCGCCAUCUUGGACGUUGUUCGAAGUGGGGAGGACAUGGCGAGAUUGGUACCCGGUGCUACACCAAGUUCUUGUGCUUGUGAUGGAAAGGCUGCACCUAACCGAACCCCUACUGACGAGGAUAAUAUCGGCGGCUGCGGUUCGUCAAACGGUCGCACAAGCGGUGGUGAGAUGGCAGCCAUGGAGAAACAACUCAGAGAAAAUGAAGCCGCCGAGGCCACUGGACUCGAAACAGAGAUCACAGCUGAAAACCCCAAGACACGAUCUUAUGACAGGCCAAACCCAGCCAGUGGACAAUUAAAGACAGCAGGCACUACUCUUCCCAUCAGGUUAAAGCAAAAGCUUGGCAUAUGCGAGAAAUGUGGUUAUAUGUCGAGUCAGAAGCUAUGCCAAGCAUGUAUGCUUCUCGAGACCCUGAAUAAGAACCGUCCAGAGAUUACGAUAUAG